AUGAUUGAUUUCUCUCGCCUCACAGACAAUUCUUUCUUUCUUUCUUUCUUUAUUUCUUUCGUUAGCGUUUUUUUCCGGCUCUUUAUAACUUCAUUCGUUUUUUUUCCAUCUACUAAUUUCUACCGGUUCUUCAUUAUUGUAUUGAUUUCCUUCCUUCCUUCCUUCAUUCCUUCCUUUCACACGUCUUUUUCUAUCUAUCUAUCUAUCUAUCUAUCUAUCUAUCUAUCUAUCUAUCUAUCUAUCUAUCUAUCCUGUUCAUAUCUAUCUAUCUAUCUAUCUAUCUAUCUAUCUAUCUAUCUAUCUAUCUAUCUAUCUAUCUAUCUAUCUAUCUCAACCUGUUCAUAUCUAUCUAUCUAUCUCAACCUGUUCAUAUCUAUCUAUCUAUCUAUCUAUCUAUCUAUAAAGUUCCUGCUUAUUUUUAUUUUCCGUGGUUCAUUCUUUCGUACCUUUCACGAAUUUUCGUUCGUUCGUUCGUUCGUUCGUUCGUUCGUUCGUUCGUUCGUUCCUUCCUUCCUUCCUUCCUUCCUUCCUUCUUUACAUGCUUCUUUUUCUUUGUUUGUUUCUUUUUUAAAAGCACAACUUAUUCUUUCUAUCUUUCUUUCUUUCUUUCUUUCUUUCUUUCUUUCUUUCUUUCUUUCUUCGGAUUAUUUUUAUUUUCUUUCCUUCCUCCUUUUAACUUUACUUCCUCAUCCCUUCACUUUUUUAUUCAGAUUUCAGCUUAUUUGA